AUGAGUAUCGGAAAAGAUGAUGACUAUGUUGUGUCGUAUAGAGGUGAAGUGGUUGAAAACCGACACAAGGUCCACGCUUCAGUUGUUGACGCAACAGGGAAACAACACUUUCAUGUUGGUGACCCAUCACGAAUCACAUUAGCUCGCUCCGCAGCAAAGCCAGCCCAGGCGCUUGCUAUACUCGAAACGGGUGCCUUUGAGCAGUUCGAUCUCGACGAUGCAGACCUGGCAUUAAUGUGCGCGUCACACAGCAGCGAGGAAAGGCAUAUCACCAGGGCGCGCAAUAUGCUGGCCAAAGCCCAAGUCAAGGAAGACGAUCUUCGCUGUGGUGGUCAUCCGGCUUUGCAUGGCCACAAUCCCACUGCAGUAUGCAACAAUUGCUCAGGCAAACAUAUCGGGAUGCUUGCUGCUACCAAGGCCGUCGAUGCGGACAUAGCAACUUAUCACGAGCCAACGCAUCCGCUACAGUUACGAGUGAAGCGCGUGUUUGAAGAGUUUCUGGAAGCUGAAGACGUGAGAUGGUCCAUUGAUGGGUGCAACCUUCCAGCACCCGCCAUUCCUCUCCACUGUCUGGGAAGGGUAUACGCCACGCUUGCCUCGUCGGCGGACCAAAUGGAGAAGAACACCUCGGUGCCAGCGAGAACUCAAGAACUGAACCGAAUCUUUCAUGCGAUGACUCAGUACCCAGAGCUGGUCGGUGGUGACGGUCGAUUCUGCACCGUGCUCAUGCGCGCGUUUCAGGGAGGAUUAGUUGGGAAGGUCGGGGCAGAUGGCUGCUAUGGGAUCGGAAUCCGGGCAUCAGAGCAGACUGCACACCUUGGCGCAACAGGUGCAGUUGGAAUUUCUCUGAAAAUCGAGGAUGGUAACAUCAACAUUCUGUAUUCUGUAAUUAUGGAAGUUUUCGAACAACUCCAGAUCAGACCGCCAGAACCAUGCAGUGAGCUCGCCGAUUUUCAUCGUCCAUCAGUCGUCAAUACAGCUGGUAUCGUCACGGGCCGUGUUAUCCCUGCGUUCAAGCUGCGCGCGGCAUCAUCGAGCGCUUCACAUACGUCGGGCAAUUUGCCCUGA